UGAACCAUGGGAUGAUUCUAUAUUCACCUGGAGGAACAUAUUAUUACAAGUAUAACAUAAAGGGAUGACAAAUAAAACAAUGGGUGAGCUACAGGACCUUCGUUUGGGCAUUACAUCCACUAAUACCAGUGUACCCAACCUGAGGGUCGGGACCCCCAAAGGGGUCACAAGAUAAAUCUGAGGGUCGACAAACUUUAUUUAUUUAUUUAUAUGUUUGUUUGUUUCUCUAAUCUUUCUUUUUUUCAUGUAAGUUACUGGAAAAUUAUACCUGAGUACAACUUAUUCAAAUAAAAGUGGAAGACAUUUUGGCUGACCCUGCCAUAACCUCGCCUGGUCAAACCAUCUUGAUGAAGUUGUGGUGCGUUCGUUUUGUACUCAGAGGUCGGAAAUUCCCAGUUCCCAGUCGGAAGUUUAAACUCGAGCGCACCCUGUGGUCGGAUUUCCAACUCCAACCGCAUCAACCCCGACUUACGAAUUCAUGAUGGCUGCCGGUCACAUACGUACCCGCCCACCCCUCUGUCUCUGUCCAUCUCCCUCUCUCUAUUGGAUGUUCAGCUCUUGUGCUCAGUAACUCUUUUGUUUGUCAGAGCAUCCCUCACAUUGCUACAUGCCUUACUGGAGACAGUACCCACUAGCACCUAGUUUAUAUCAAGACAGAGAGUGUUUACUUCCUAAACACCAAGGACAGAGGAGUUGGAAGCAAGUGAAAAAGAAUGGUUUGAUCCCUAACAACGAUGACCUCCAGCAUUCUUGUGGCUACGAAUUCCUUGCAGUACAUUUCUGGCAUGCCUCAUGGUAAGAAGUCCAGUUGAGCCAGGGGAGUCUCAUUAAUACCCCCACUGUAAAGGGCCUUUAUUGUGGGCUGAAACUCGAGAGCUGUGAGUGGUUACCUGAGCUCCAGAGGGAUGACUCUCCGCAGGCCAGCUGCCCACCUACGAAGAGCUCCGAGCUGGAGGAGAUCAGGAGAUGAGUCCCACUGGGAGAGCUUGAUACCAGAAGGGGAAGUUCUGACCCGUGUUUCUCGCCCCCCACGAGCACCUCGGCCCCAGAGUGCCAUUGAAGGGCGCCAGCUGGACGGCUGGCUGGAGCACCUGCAGAGGAUAGAGAGCGAACUUCUCAGAGCCCCAGUACAUAAUCAGGUUCCAGCUUUCAGUGAUCGGACAACGUCCAUGCCUGCUCUGCACAAAGAGCCAACUGGACGUGCCUGGAGACAGCCAGGGACUCCCUCCUUCAGCAGAGGUUCAUCUUCAUGUGGGAGUCCCAGCCUGUGUGAGAGUUCGCCGGGCAGCCAGGAGUCCCUCCAUACUGGGUUUCUGUCUCCCCCAGAACGCAGAGGAAGCUGGGAGAGAGCUCACAUGAUGCAGGUCCCAAGGAAGGAGCAGGCUCAACUCAGUAAUAUUGCUCCAGUCAAAAUUGGGUGGCUGCCGAUCCAAAGGAGAGUGAUGAUGGUGGAUGAUGCUUGCAACCAAAACCAGGUUUUGGACCACUCUGCUAGUCAGGUGAAACUGAAACAAGCCAUCACUCCAACAUUUCAGAAGAAUCGAGCAACAGCCAACAGGCACCAGGAUGGAGAGGUGGAGAGAAGCCACACCAGUCCAAGUGCUUUGGGUGUUAAGACAUGGCAGAUACCCGAUCAAGGCUCUCCCAGUGUUAAACAGGUGCCAGAAAAACGAAGCUUUCCUGCUAACGAAGGGGACAGACCUGUGGGCUGGCAAGCUCUGAGGCGAGUCUGGAAUACCAACAGGGUGUCGGCUUUCCCUGGAGGCAGACAGUCCAAUGAGCUCCCCACAGGGACCAGCUUAGACCCCAACAGGAAGUCUUCUCCAAUGAAAACAACCAACACGGACCCCCUCGAGCAUACUCCUCUGCAUCGAACAACUUUCGCUGAACCCUGUAAACCAAGCACUCUGCUUCAAGGGACAAACAGCACAGAUACGUACAAGUCACAUACGCCUCUGCGUAGGACAGGCAGUGUUCAGCCCUUGAGGGCAACAGCCCCGCUGUGUACAACAAACAGUAGCUCUCAGCCUUCACACAUACAGACAAACUCUGCUGUAACUACACUCAUCCCUCAGAACAAAGCCGGCUUCUCCUCCAUCACCAUCUCCUCCAGGAAAGUGAGCAGAUCGGCCAGUUUGCCCAGCUAUGACACCUGCAACCCCUCCUCCCGCUCCAGUGAAUCCCCUUCUCCGCCACUAGCCCAUCAGUCCAUGGACCCAAACUCCAGGCAGGUCACAGUGCAGAGGAAGGCCACUAUAGUCAAAGUGACAGAGCAAAGGAUGAUGUCCAGCCCUGUCCCAAGCACAAAAACAAAGGGGACCCCACCAACUAGCCAUGGUUUGGACACAGUGGUCCACAGAAGAAAGGCUACCAUCAUCAAAGUAACAGAGCAUAGAGAGAGCUACAGUCCAGCAAAGGCAGGAUCUGGGACGAGGCACCCAGAGUACAGACACAGCUACACAGAGGGACUGUACAAGGAAAACAGCAUGUGGAGUCAGGGAAACCAUUUGCAACACAAGGCAGCACCUUCAUAUCACCAUCUGGAUUCCUCAAACUCUGCUGUAACACCAAACAAAUCCACCUCAGACCCAGAGAAAAACAGUGGAACACUACACAGAUCCACACUGAGUCUUUUUGUGAGCAACCCCCCUGCCAUAGCAGCACCCGUUCCCUCAGGGGUUUCACCAAAGGCUGUUGGACAGAGAUCGGACAGGCCGCACAGACCGCUGAGCUGCUAUGGCAAUAUGUUUGGACACACUGAGCCGAGCAAAGAGAAUGUGACACAACCGGCUGCCAGGAAAUGGAGCUUUGGGCUUCCACAAGAGACCAAUAUCAACCCUGUGAACUUCGACAGUAGUUUCAUCAGCAGUCAAACAGCAGUGAAAGAAGCAGGUCAGCGAGCGGCAGACACCCUUAAGCCAAACGGAGGCCAGAAAGAGAGACUGCCGCCAGAGAUUGCGGUGAGGAGAGCGCCCCCCUGUCUAACUCUCAUCAAGGCCCCGGAUCCCCACUCACAUCAGUCUCAAGAGGAAGUGCUUGCUCUCAAUGCAGCUGCCAUCAUAGCAAAUAUCAAACUCCAAAGACAACUCAGUAAGAAGAAAACACCAAAUGGCAAUUCUGAGGAGGACUCUGCUGCAUCACCCCGGGGAAAUACUGUGACAGAUGGGGGGAAAUGUGUGAAGCCACAUCCUGAUCAAAGAACAAUCCAGCGUCCCAACCAGUCUCAUGCAGCAUUUGUUCCUCUGAGCCUCGACCCCGAAAGGUCACCUCAAAGUAUUUCUCUACAGGACGCACUGCAGAGGUCCAGACCUGACUUCAUCAGUCGUUCCCAGGGCAGACUGCGAGAGCUGGAGCGACGGGCGCAGGAGAGGAGGGAGCUGGCGGAUUCGGUAGACCCACGGUCGGAUGCUGCUCUCAGGCAGAGGAGAGCCCAAAGUGCCCGGUGUGCCUCUCUGAAUGAUAACCUUUUCAAACCCAGAGAUAGAGCCAUUACUGAGAAAGAGAUGCAGCUGAGAUCUAAGCGUACGCUUGCAGAGGUGAAGAAGACUAAAGAGGAAGAGAAGAAGAGGGAGACGUGUUUGAGCAACAGGCAGCGAGUUGAACUUUUCAAAAAGAAACUGUUGGAUCAGCUUCUUCAAAGGAACAACAGCUGAAUGACAGAUGAGGACGAUGACAUGUCAAAGCCUGUAGCAUUACCUAACAGACUGAUAGUGUGAACUUUGCCCUUUGACAGUGCUGAAUAUUAGCGUAGGUCAUGAUAGAAGUUCAACUGUCCUUUCACCCCCAUUUGUUUCUCUCAUUUAUCACAACCAUUACUUAUUGUUCGAGUUACAGAGGUUAACAUCUGUUUUUUUCUCAAAGGCAAAUUCAUGGCAAACUUUCAAAAACCCAGACAGUCAUUUAACAUUACUUACUGUACCGCUGUUUUGAAGGUUUUUCCAGAACCUUCAAAGACUCUUCUGCCCAUCUGGAUAAAGAAUAUAUACUGUAUAUUCUGAUGCACAAUAAAAACGAGAUCAUCUUGCAAUGGGAUCACUCCAGCUGCAACAUAGCAGUCUGCUACUUAAAAUAAAUGUGGCCCAGGGGCGUAAAGUAGGGGGUAAUGGCCCCUUCUCUACUUCUUACCUCCCUACUUCCGGCGCCCUUGCUAGCGUAACAGUACUAUGUAAUUCCACUCACCAUAGUUGCCAUAAGUUGAUGUCUGUGUGUAGAUUUGUUGGCUCAAGGGCAUCCUCUCUUAGAUGUAGUAGAUAAAUGCCACUGGCAGUUUUGAAAUGUUGCCAGUAAAUGAGAGACAAGUACUGCACCACAGAACAGGAGGUUAUUUUAGCACAGAGGCUAACUAGCUAGCUUAGAGAGUGCAGUUAUUUGAACGUUUUAGCACUUUAAAAAGCACAGCAACCCACUCAUAACUCUUCCUAAUGACAUUUCCAUUAAUCAAAGUGUACAUAAUUUUGAUACAGUGGACCUGCCAAUGGCAUUUAUCUACUACCUCUGGGAACUGCCCAUUGGUCCGACAGCCCAUUGGUUCGACAUCCCAUUGUUCCGACCAUAUUAAACCCAUUGUUCCGAAGUCCGUUCCGAAAUCAUCAUGAUGCCCUGUGGUUAAGGUCUGGUUAGGUUUAGGCACAAAAACCACUUGGUUAGGGUCAGGAAAAGAUCAUGGUGUGGGUUAAAAUGAAAAAGAAAGUGGCAAACACAUAAGCCGUGAGCCUGCUCCGCCUCAAGCCGGUCGCGGCGCACCAUAUGCCCGCCGCGAGCCGUUCAGCACCGCGGACAGUCGGACUAAUGGGAUGUCGAACCAAUGGGCUGUCGAACCAAUGACAUGGACCCCUACCUCUAAGGGGGGGCACCCUUGAGUUAACAAAUUGACACAGAAACAUUGAAUCAUGGCAAGUACAGCAAGGAUAGAGGUCCACCUUUGUUUGGAUAAAGGCACAGAUUUUCAGUUUAGGACAGGUUAAAUGUGCUAACAGUAGUGUGUCUUGUGCCGAGUACAGAAUUUAUUUAAUGCACUUGAGCAGAGGAGUCUUUAAGGAUUCUGGAAAUAUCUUCAAGACGGCGUUAAGUGUUGUUAAAUGACCUUCUGGGUUUUCUGAAAGACUGCCAUAGAUUUGUCUUUCGAGGGAAAAAACAAAUGCUUAUCUGUGUGAUUCAGCUGUCCUCACUGCCCUUGCCGUGUGCAAUUACAAAUGAAGAUGGCCAAAAUGAAUGUAUGAAAUCACGUCUCAACAUUCUGUAACCGAAUAUGACAUUGGGCCUUUUAAACACGCUGGCUUUUGAUGUAAGAUACAAACCAGUAAUGUAUGCUGUUUAUCGGCGUUAUCUUGUUUUCACUUGAUUGCAAAUUGCCUUUCUUUUCCAGAAUACUUCAUGUAAUGGGAUGCAGAGUGAGCUCUCAAAGCGCUGAUGUCCUCACACAGCCACUUUCACAUGAUCUCAUGUGAUGUGAAGCAGUGAUAUAAGACAGAAUCAUUCAUUAUGCUUCGCAGUCCCUUCCAGGACGGUCUUCAACUGUCAUCCUCAUUAUACAACCAAUAAGCAGAACGAAGCCUGAAGUGGGCUCUGCCAUCGCUCAGUGCCAGCUAUUAGCUGUAAGACGGAGGAAUGUGACCUCUUCUCACUGGAAAUGCCCUGUUAAUGGACAGUGCCGAUUUGAAUGGAGCUUUUGUCCCCGUCUUUGUCUCAUGAUAGACUGGGGCCCGCCGUUGCAGAUUUAGAUUUGUGAGAUCCAAAGUGAGUGUGUUCGCAGUGCUGGGCAUAAAUCAAAAGUGAGAUGUGGUGAAUGUUUAUUUUUUGAAAUAACAGGCAACAGAGCAGACGCUCUUCAUUAUUCUUAAUUGUUGUUUUAAUCAUUAGCCUUUAAGUCGCAGUUCUUUCACAGUCCAGCUGUUUCAUCCAUCUAAAUUUGCGCUGAUGUCUGGGAGAUGACAGAUGAUUGCUACUGACUGCUUUUGUAAACCUUAUUUCAUGUCAGUGCACAUGCAUGUGUGGGUGUAUUUGGACGAUAAGAGAUCAUUAAUUAAUGACAUGGUUCAUAAUUGUUUCUGUCUUUCUAAAUGAGAAGAUAGACAACAAGACUGCUACUUGAAGAAGGUUAUUUACUGCAUUUGUUGUUUUCUCUGUUCAGCUUUACAAAGAAGGUUUCACUAUGCAAUGUCAUUCCUUAAACUUCAA